UCUGGCCUAAGACUGUCUUUUCAGCAAGGCAGCGGAGCAGAGUGACGCGCCCUGUGCCCCCGGGAGGGGCGUCACCAGGGAGGGAGGGCGGGGAGGAGCUGGAGGAGGAGAAGGUAAAGGGGAAUACGACGCCCUCUCUGCCCAGACCUCUCGAGGCUCUGACCUCGGGGGUUAAAGGGCUGACUGUAGAGGGAAGACAAGUUUCUCCACCUGGGUUGCCUUGAAGAGCCCACGACCCUGGGGAACCCUGGGCCCACCGUGCCGGGAGCCCUAGCACCACCCGGGGCGCCUAAAGCGACAGUCACAGGGACCACUGCAAGAUUUCCGGUUGCCUAGACAACGAGCCAGCGGUCAGAGCAACAGCCCUGCCUUCCAGCAUCUGCCUCAACUGCUGCCUCGGGCACCAAGUCCCAGCCCAAGCCUGCCAGCCAGCCCAGGUGCCAUGCCGGUGCUCUCCACUCCACGGCCCUCGCGGGCAACCACGCUGAAGCGUACGGCCAUGGUCCUGGCGCUCACAGCCUACGGCGUGCACAAAAUCUACCCUUUGGUGCGGCAGUGCCUGGCGCUGGCCAGAGGCCCCCCGAUGCCAGCUGGGGAACCCACGCAGGAGGCUUCCGGGACCACAGCAGCCAAGACUGGCAUGAACAGGGUAUUCCUGCGACGGCUCCUGGUGCUGCUACGAUUGCUCUUUCCCCGAAUCCUGUGCCGGGAGUCGGGACUUCUGGCGCUGCACUCUGCCGCCCUGGUGAGCCGAACUUUCUUGUCAGUAUACGUGGCCCGUCUAGAUGGUCGGCUGGCACGCUGCAUCGUGCGCAAGGACCCUCGAGCCUUCAGCUGGCAGCUGUUGCAGUGGCUUCUCAUAGCCCUGCCUGCCACCUUCAUCAACAGCGCCAUUCGCUACCUGGAGGGCCAGCUGGCCUUGGCCUUCCGAAGCCGUCUGGUGGACCAUGCCUAUAACCUCUACUUCACCCAGCAGACAUACUACCGUGUGAGCAACAUGGAUGGGCGGCUGCGCAACCCUGACCAGUCCCUAACUGAGGAUGUGGUGGCAUUCGCUGCCUCGGUGGCUCACCUCUACUCCAACCUGACCAAACCACUCCUGGAUGUGGCUGUGACCUCUUACACCCUGGUUAGAGCGGCGCGCUCCCGCGGAGCUGGCACAGCCUGGCCCUCGGCCAUUGCUGGCCUCGUGGUGUUCCUAACGGCCAAUGUGCUUCGAGCCUUCUCACCUAAGUUUGGGGAGCUGGUGGCAGAGGAAGCACGACGGAAGGGGGAGCUGCGCUACAUGCAUUCCCGUGUGGUGGCCAACUCGGAGGAAAUCGCCUUCUAUGGGGGCCAUGAGGUGGAACUGGCACUGCUCCAGCACUCCUAUCAAGACCUGGCUUCUCAGAUCAACCUCAUCCUGCUGGAACGUCUGUGGUAUGUCAUGCUGGAGCAAUUCCUCAUGAAAUAUGUGUGGAGUGCCUCAGGCCUGCUCAUGGUGGCCGUCCCCAUCAUCACCGCCACUGGCUACUCAGAGUCAGACUCAGAGACCAUGAAGAAGGCAGCCUUCCAGAAGGAGGAGGAGGAGGAGGAGCUUGUGAGUGAGCGCACAGAAGCCUUCACCAUUGCCCGCAAUCUCCUCACAGCUGCUGCAGAUGCCACUGAGCGGAUCAUGUCCUCCUACAAGGAGGUAACAGAGCUGGCUGGCUACACAGCCCGGGUUUACGAGAUGUUCCAGGUAUUUGAGGAUGUCCAGCACUGUCGUUUCAAGAGGCCUGGGGAACAAGAGGAUGGUCACACUGGAUCUGCCGCCCUAGUACGAUCUGGUGUCCACAUUGAGGGACCCUUAAAGAUCCAAGGCCAGGUGGUGGAUGUGGAGCAGGGGAUUAUCUGUGAGAAUAUCCCCAUCAUCACGCCCACAGGAGAUGUGGUAGUGGCCAGCCUCAACAUCAGGGUGGAAGAGGGCAUGCACCUCCUCAUCACGGGCCCCAAUGGUUGUGGCAAGAGCUCUUUGUUCCGGAUCCUGGGUGGGCUCUGGCCCACAUAUGGCGGCGUGCUGUACAAGCCCCCACCCCAGCGCAUGUUCUACAUCCCUCAGAGGCCCUACAUGUCCGUGGGCUCCUUGCGUGACCAGGUAAUCUACCCAGAUUCAGUGGAAGACAUGCGAAGGAAAGGCUACUCGGAGCAGCAGCUGGAAGCCAUCCUGGACAUUGUACACCUCCACCACAUACUACAGAGAGAAGGAGGUUGGGAGGCCGUGUGUGACUGGAAGGACGUGCUAUCCGGGGGCGAGAAGCAGAGAAUUGGCAUGGCCCGCAUGUUCUAUCACAGGCCCAAGUAUGCUCUCUUGGAUGAGUGCACCAGUGCUGUGAGCAUAGACGUGGAAGGCAAGAUCUUCCAGGCAGCCAAGGAUGCGGGCAUCGCGCUGCUGUCCAUCACCCACCGGCCAUCCUUGUGGAAGUACCACACACACUUGCUACAGUUUGAUGGGGAAGGCGGCUGGAAGUUUGAGAAGCUAGACUCGGCCACCCGCCUGAGCCUCACCGAGGAGAAGCAACGGCUGGAGCAGCAGCUGGCUGGCAUUCCCAAAAUUCAGGGGCGCCUUCAAGAGCUCCGCCAGAUUCUGGGCGAGGCUGUGGCCCCUGAGAAGCCCUCUACAGCCAGCCUCCCAGGCUCAGGCCUCCCAACCUGACCAGGACCUGAUUCCCAGCCCCCACCCCUGCCUAGGCUCUCGGAUCACAUGAAGGAAGCAACAGCAGCAGCCACCCUGCCCUCACCACCUCUGCAUGCCUCUCCCUCCUCCCAGGCCCCCUAGCCAUGGGCCUGCCCCUCCCAGGAGACCCUAGGAAGCCCGUGUCCCUUCUCCUGCUUCCAACCUCACCCUGGGGUUUACUCCAUGAUACGUGUGCCUGUUUAGGGCAGUGACUCCUUUACUUUUCUCUGGGGAGCAAGAAUGGGGAUGAGGGUUUCCCAGCCCUGACUCCAUAUCAAGUAUGGUUGAGCCAUAGCAAGGGUGCAAGGCCCAUCACUGGCCCCGUUUACCGCAGCCUGCCAGAGCCUGUGGUGAGUCUGGCAAUUGUGGGUCAUCGCCCUCCUGAAACUCAAAUCCCCGUGACUUCCCGUGAUCCCUUGAAAAGCCCACGAUCCACGUGUCUGUUGCCACCCUAGCGAAGGCUCUUGUCCCCACAAGAUAGGAUGCCCUUCCUGCCAUGGAAGCAGCGAAAUGGGUCCUGGGGUCAGUCAGAGCCCUGGGCCUGUGUCCUCUUCUGCCCUGGUCAUCUGGAGAGGCCUAGGGGAGAUUACACAGCCUCCCCAAGUCCCCAGCUCCCUCCCCGCUGUGUUCUCACCCACUACCGCUUAGCUUAGUGGACUCCAUUUGUUGUUGUCUCCAUUGCCAACAUAAGUACCUACCUGCCAGCUCAAGGGGUGGCCAGGCACUGUCUCUUGGACUGCCCAGCCUCUGGUGCCAAACAUAGCCCCCUCCACUGCAUCCCCACCCUGCCAGCCUACACUGCCAGCCGCCACUGGGGGGGAGCCCUCUACCUGUCAGGAGGGAGAGAGGGUACCACGGUCCCAGCUUAGUGCCAAAGAGGGGCCACAGGGGCACUGUCUCUGCCAAGCCAGCCCUCACAGAGGGGGAGACCCCACUGCCACUGCGUGCCUUUCCCAAGCCUUCAGCCUUUGGGCUGAGGCACCCCUUUUCAGACCCCUUGGUCCCCAGCACCCUCAGUAAAGACCUGUGGAAAACAUA